CCGGGUAUAUAACGUGGCUCUUGCAAGCGCUCGCAUUUAGUCGCGCUCGAACUUCUGAUCAGACAGUAAACCAACAGGUAUAAAAUUGAACUGGGAGAAAUACAUCUGACGGAGUUCAGGUAGAGGCCGGUCACCACUCGGUGACUACCUGGUACUUAGUCUCAAUUGUGACAUUUUCGGCUUUACGGUGCUUUUGGACGUCAAAGAACUGAAAUCAAUUGUUGUUUUGGAAAGUGCGACAAUUCAAAAACUUACCCUCGAUUUUCUUCGAGUUUCAUAAAUGUGAAAAACUUUAGAUUUUUUUUCGUUUAUCAGCCAACUUUUCACCCACAAGCAACAUUAAAGGACUUAAGGAAGAUAAAUUAGGGGUUGGUUGUGUGAAGAGUGUACGGACAUUUAAAGGACAGAAGCCGUGUAACGGCAGCAACAAGUCACGAGAACUCUGCGAUCCUUUCUGGCUUCUAACCAAGCUGAGAAAUCUUUCAUAGAGACGAUGCUGUAGAUAAUACGCAGUACCAUGGAUUAUGUCACCACGCUCUGCUGCCUGCUCGCCUUCCUGCUCUACUAUAACACCUUGGAUGCCGGUUUCGUCUAUGACGACCGACGUGCCAUUCUAACAAACCCGGAUCUCCUCCCGACCACGCCAUGGACCGACAUCUUCUACAACGAUUUUUGGGGCACCCCCAUGUCGGACAGCGGCUCCCACGGUUCAUAUCGACCUCUAAGCGUGCUUACCUUCCGGCUGAAUUACCUAAUGGGUGGUCUCGACCCGUUCAAUUACCAUUUGACCAACGUUUUGCUGCACGUACUGGCUACCGCCCUCUUCACCAAAUUGGUAAAAUGCAUUGUUCCGAAGAGCAUGUCGGAGAGUACCAAAGCGGUGGCUGGUCUGUUGUUCGCCGCCCAUCCCAUACACACGGAAGCCGUGGCUGCCAUAGUUGGAAGGGCUGAUCUGCUCAGCGCUGUUGUUUUUAUGCUCUCGUUCAUGGCCUACGUUUCCCAUGUAAAGAACAGGAAUAUUUAUUUCUUUGUUCCGGAGAACAACACUCCACAGUACGAUCUAAGAUUUUUGAAGAAGUGGCAGAAGGAUUUGUUAAAGUCCACGAGUAUUAAGAUCAUAAAGAAAUCGGCGGAACUGACGAUAUCUAUGCAGAGAAAGAAGACGUUGUAUGUGUAUUUCAAAAUGUGGGUCCAACUGAUAACCUGUCUAAUUCUGGCAAUAGUUGCUAUGUUAUGCAAAGAAACUGGUAUCAGUGUGCUUGGAUGCUGUGUCGUUUAUGAUUUGGUCCUGACUUCUUAUGGGAAACAGAAACAAUGGCGUAGCUUAUUCAUCGUCGGAGUGACAACGUUGCUGGCUUUAACGGUCAGAUUCAACGGGGGAAUAACGCCGGAGUUCUCCAGGGCCGACAAUCCAACGGCAAAGGAAGAUUGUGUGUGGACGAGGUUCUUAACAUUUUCAUAUCUGCCGGUCUUCAACUUCCUGCUCUUGCUCUAUCCCUAUCCGUUGAGUUUCGAUUGGGGCAUGGAGGCAAUUCCCAGAGUAAAAAGUUUCCUUGAUCCCAGGAAUUUCGUUUCCUGCACAUUUUACUCGACCGUCCUUUGGCUAAUGUACUACUGCUACAAAAAACUGAAUCCACCGAAAGAGAAGAAUUGUCUGACGCACAAAAUGGUGACAGUGAAGACCAACCACAAAAAUAAGAGGGAAACUACGACACAAUGCGUGUUCUGCCAUGAAACUUUCACCAAUCUCCACACGUCGAGCUGCCGAUAUUCCAACAACAACAAUUCGACCUUCCCGUGUGAGUGCACCUCAUCAACCGUGAAGUCGGCACGAAAGAGUCUCACUUUCGAGGGUUCAUUAGUCUUCUCUAUUGCACUACUAUCAAUUCCAUUCCUACCAGCUACUAAUAUUCUAUUUUACGUCGGUUUCGUGGUAGCUGAACGCGUUUUAUAUUUGCCUAGUGCGGGACUGUGUUUGUUUUUCGGCAUACUGGCUGCAACAUGUUUACAACGAUACGAACAUCGAAAGAAAUCUCUACAGAUAGUGUUGUGGCUUAUGCUGAUCAUUUACAGUUCUAGAACCAUUUGGAGGAAUGCAGAUUGGUAUGAUGAGGAAGCUCUGUACAGCUCGGCCAUUUCGGUGAACCCUCCUAAAGCCCUCGGGAACCUAGGAAGCAUUUUAAACAGCGCUGGACGCAUAACGGAAGCAGAGGAGGCGUACAGAAAGGCACUAUUUUACAAGCCGAACAUGGCUGACGUUCACUACAACCUUGGCAUAUUGUUACAGUCGGAAAAACGUUUGGACGAAGCUAUUUUGAGUUACCAAAGGGCCAUACACUUCAGGUCAACAUUAGCACUGGCGUAUAUCAAUCUGGCUAAAGCCUUAGUGGAGGCGAAACGCCCAGAAGAGGCAAUCAGCAUCCUUCAUCAAGUGUCCACUCUAGAUGGUACCGGUCUAAAAGACCGUCGUCAGCACGAAAGUGCGAAAAUAUCGGCGCUUCUUCAGUUGGGGGACCUCUACUCAGAUCAAGGCAGACUCCAUCGAGCUCUUGAAAUUUACAUGGAGGCUGCCAGUAACAUCCCAAAUCACUACCCUCGUCAGAAGGUGUUCAAUGUACUUGGCAAAACAUUGCACCAGCUAAAUAGACACGAAGAGGCUGAACGAUGGUAUCGGGCUGCGUUACAUGCACAACCCGAUAACGUGGCCUCGUACAUCGGCUACGGAAAAUUAAUUGCCAGGAACGUCAGCAGGUCGAACGAGGCGGAACAGUGGUUCAGGAAAGCGCAAAAAAUUGCCCCUAAUGAUCCGGCAGUGUACCACAAUUACGGUGAAUUUCUGGUCUACCGACAUCAAUUCAAAGAGGCAGCUGCCAUGUACGAAAAAGCGGCCGAAUUAAGUCCUGACGAUUAUCAGUUGGCGGUUGCAGCUGCAAUAGCCAUGCGACAAGCAGGCCGACCGCAUGCUGCCGAGAAGUGGUAUCGUCAAGCUGUUGCACUUAAACCUUCUGAUGCUCAAAACUUGUCAAAUCUGGGUGCCAUUCUACAUCUGAACGGGAAAUACAAGGAGGCGGCUAAAAACUACAGGGCGUCACUCAAACUGGAGCCAAACGACGCCAUCACCCUCACUAAUUUGAACAAACUCCACAGUCUAAUGACUUGACAUAAAUAGAACGCACAUAAACCAAAACCAAUCCUAAAAGAUAAUAACAGUAAUAAAAUUUAUAAUGUUGUAAAUGAUAAUGAUAUCCAUACGACGCCGAAUCCGAAAUUGUUGGAGGGUUGUGCCAUUGAGGUGGGAUCGAACGGAAUGAACGAGAGCGCUCUGGGUUUGGGGGAUUUGGGACUAUUAUUUUUAUCAACGAAACCAAUGAGCACAUGCUACCCCGAAGGGACCACCAUGUGUGAAUUAUUCGGCCAAAUAUUUGAUAAUGACAAUAUGAUUGACGACGGAAAGUGAUAUUUUUGUUAUAUAAUUCAAUUUUGAGCAGAUUUUCCUUUCGUAUUCAGAAUAGGACGGUGAUAUAAAUGUAUAUAAUUAUAAUUUAAUGAAGAUACCGUACUGUACUAAUAAAAUGUUACAUAUCUUUUAAUCGAUGUAAUGAUUUCGAGUCAGGACAGCUUUUCCAUAUUAUUGUUCCAUAUGUAAGCAAAUGUUAUACUACUUUAAAAAACAUCGUCGGCUUUUAAUGGACCUUAAUAUAAAUAUUAUACCGUAUAAUAAACGUAAUACAUUACUAAACUAAUAUAUUAUACAUACAUAUAUGUAUUUAUGAAUUUCAGUGUAAAUAAAGCUUAAACAUAUUUAUGUAA